CAAUUAAGAAAAAAAAGUUAGUAAGAAACGUCUGCCGCUGAACGAUAAUCGUAGUAGUUUUCUUGUGCUUUACAACACAAUUUUCUUUAUUGAGUAUUCAAAGAAUUGAAAAUAAAUACGAUUUGAAGUCAUGUCUACCGUUGCAAGUGCAUUAUCGUUAGCGGGAACUCGAACAUCCGGUGCCCCGGUUCGAACCCAAAAUGUGAUGGCUGCAUCUUCUAUCGCAAACAUUGUGAAAUCUUCAUUAGGCCCCGUUGGUUUGGAUAAAAUGUUGGUAGAUGAUAUUGGAGAUGUCACAGUAACUAAUGACGGUGCUACUAUCCUUCGUCUCCUAGAGGUAGAACAUCCAGCUGCUAAGGUUCUUUGUGAAUUGGCUCAAUUGCAAGAUGAAGAAGUAGGCGAUGGAACUACUUCUGUGGUUAUCAUAGCUGCUGAACUUUUGAAAAACGCCGAUGAAUUGGUUAAGCAGAAGAUUCACCCGACAUCGAUCAUUGCCGGUUAUAGAUUGGCGUGCAAGGAGGCUUGCAAAUACAUUUCGGAACAUUUAACAGCUCCUGUAGAUGAACUUGGUCGCGAGUCAUUGGUCAAUGUUGCCAAAACAUCUAUGAGUUCGAAAAUUAUUGGAGCAGAUGCAGACUUCUUUGCUGCUAUGGUGGUGGAUGCGGCACAGGCAGUCAAAAUUACCGAUCCCCGAGGAAAUGCAAUGUAUCCCAUUAAGGCUGUGAAUGUACUGAAAGCUCACGGUAAAUCGGCACGAGAGAGUAUCUUAGUGCAAGGAUACGCCUUGAAUUGCACGAUUGCCUCACAGCAGAUGCCCAAAAAAAUUGUUAACGCAAAAAUUGCUUGUCUGGAUUUUUCACUGCAAAAAACCAAAAUGAAAAUGGGCGUUCAGGUCCUAAUUACUGAUCCAGAAAAACUGGAAGGAAUUCGGGCGCGAGAGUUGGAUAUAACAAAGGAGAAAAUUGAGAAGAUUUUAACGACCGGCGUAAAUGUCGUUCUGUGCAGUGGUGGAAUCGACGAUCUUUGUCUGAAAUAUUUCGUGGAAGCCGGAGCUAUGGCAGUUCGGCGUGUGAAGAAAUCCGAUUUGAAGCGAAUUGCCAAGGCGACGGGUGCUGCUUUUCUGACUUCAUUAACGAACAUGGAUGGCGAAGAGAGCUUUGAAGCCAGUUACGUUGGUGAAGCUUCUGAAGUAGUACAAGAGUUUGUUUGCGAUGAUGAACUAAUUUUAAUUCGGGGUCCCAAAGCACGUACAGCAGCCUCUAUAAUUCUUCGUGGUCCUAAUGAUUUCUAUUGCGAUGAAAUGGAACGUUCUGUCCACGAUGCUUUGUGUGUAGCAAAACGUGUGCUGGAAGGUAAAAAGGUCGUGGCAGGAGGUGGCUGCGUUGAAGCUGCACUCUCAAUAUAUCUCGAAAACUUUGCUACAUCUUUGAGUUCUCGAGAACAACUAGCCAUCGCCGAAUUCGCCAAGUCUUUGCUGGUCAUUCCCAAAACAUUAGCUGUAAAUGCCGCGAAAGAUGCCACUGAUUUAGUCGCUAAACUAAGAGCUUAUCACAACUCAAGUCAAACGAAGCUUGACCAUGCGCAUCUUAAGUGGUACGGUUUGGAUCUAAUCGAAGGAGUCGUGAAGGAUAACAAAAAAGCAGGAGUGCUUGAACCGGCUAUGUCAAAAAUAAAAUCGCUGAAGUUCGCAACUGAAGCAGCAAUAACCAUUCUGCGUAUCGACGACAUGAUCAAGCUUAAUCCAGAGGAAAAACCUGGCAAGAACUACGGUGACGCAUGCGCCGCUGGUGAACUGGAUGGUUGAAUACUAAUAUUUAUGAAAGAUCCCCUUUACCUAUCACUCACUUGCUUAAUGCGUUCUAUUCACAACUCGUUUCCAUUUAACAUAUUAGGCAUAAGUUGUGCAUCUAAUAUUUUUUGUUUCUUGUCACGGGAUUGUAUAUGUUGCUCUGCAAUUUCUCUUUAGAACGCCAAUCAAACCCGGCGAAUCGGAAGAUUUUAAAAUACAAUUUCAGAGCUAACAGUUGCCCCGAUGCAAAUAAAUUUCUAAAAGGGUAUACAUCUUAGAAGCGUGUUCAACGUACUAAGAGUUCGCAACCUCACAAUUCUGACUGCUCUUCGCCUUUGUUUUUGUGACCUAUUGAUCAUUAAAGUGUACCAAAAAAGGCGCAAUAAA